UGAAUGUUGAUCUGGAAAGGGAAAUUAUCAGAACCCAUCGUUUCCCUUGAAUCUGUGGAAUCAUAAAAUCCCCCUUAAACAGCUUCUCUCUGUCAGAGAUUUAGACAUUCUAGAAUUUUCGUAUGGAGACUCGCUGUUGUCUCUCCCUUUCUCUCUGUUUCCUCCUCCUCCUCCCUCUCCGCUCCAAUUCUUCCUGGUUCAGCGACCAGAAGACGUCCGGAUCGUUGCUUAGAUUGAAAAAUGGAGGCUUUUCUGCUGCAUUUGACCCCACAAGGGUCACUCAGCUAUCGUGGCGUCCCAGGGCUUUUCUCUACGAGGGCUUUUUGACAGACAAGGAGUGUGAUCAUCUCGUCAAUCUGGCGAGGGAUAAGCUGGAAAAGUCAAUGGUGGCAGAUAACGAGUCCGGUAAGAGUAUAGCGAGUGAAGUGCGUACAAGCUCUGGCAUGUUUCUUGGUAAAGCUCAGGAUGAUGUAGUAGCUGGUAUUGAGGCCAGGAUUGCAGCAUGGACCUUCCUUCCAGUAGAAAACGGAGAGUCCAUUCAAAUACUGCAUUAUGAGCAUGGUCAAAAGUAUGAGCCACAUUAUGAUUUUUUUCACGACAAGGCGAAUCAAGCACUGGGUGGCCACCGAGUUGCCACUGUCUUGAUGUAUUUGUCCAAUGUUGACAAGGGUGGAGAAACAAUCUUCCCCAACUCAGAGGAAAAAUUGUCUCAAUCAAAGGAUGACAGCUGGUCUGACUGUGCUAAAUCUGGCUAUGCAGUGAAAGCCAAGAAGGGUGAUGCAUUGCUAUUCUUCAGUCUUUAUCCCGAUGCAACUACAGAUACAAACAGCUUGCAUGGGAGCUGCCCAGUCAUUGAGGGCGAGAAGUGGUCUGCGACGAAGUGGAUCCAUGUCAGGUCCUUUGACAAACCAGCAGCAUACUCGGAUGACGGGGAUUGUGUUGAUAAGAAUGACAGCUGCCCUACUUGGGCAAAGUUGGGUGAGUGUGACAAGAACCCCCUCUAUAUGGUGGGUUCCGAGGGGUAUAGCGGAUAUUGUAGGAAGAGUUGCAACGUAUGCUCAUCCUAGACGUCCUCUCCCUUCAAUGGUUCGUACUUAUUAUACUCAGAGUUCCAAUGCAUGGGAUGUACAUACAUUGAUCCAUGUCCUCUUAGCCAGCAGGAAGGGGUGAUGCAUUUCCUGUUUAAAUUUUAAUUUUUAAGGAGGUAAUUGUAUGUCUUUACGUAAAAUUUGUAGAGCAUGACUAUAAAUAAAGAAAAGCUGGCAGAAACACCCUUAUAUGAGAA